AUGAAUCAGCGAAAUGUUGGCGAGGACGCGCAGGAGCUUCGAUUGAGAGAUCGAAUUAUGCAAUUGAGACAGUCAAUCCGUACACUGGAACUCGAACGGCAGCGAAUUAUUGAAGAUGUGAGGGGUGCGGAACCGCAGGAUGUGGAGGUGUUGGACAAAGUCAGAGGAGUGAUGGAACAUACAUUGCUUGAAUGGUCAAUUGCUCGAAAUGAACGUAUUCGUCACUUGCAACAGUUCGGAGACCUUCCACCAGAUCUCCCGGAAAUACCACUCAAUCCGGUAAAUUCGAUUGUCAGAGAUAAUCGGUUUCCUCGGCUGCUCCGUCAGCUCCUCCGUCCUCCAAACGCCGUACGUCCACCAGGUCGCUUGAUCCCUGGAUACCAAGAAGGUCCGGCUCCUCGAUUUGAUGUAUGGGCUCCACGAUUUAUUCCAGAGCUUCGUGAAGGUCCGAGACCAGUCGUUGCUGCUCCAGAGGCUCCAGUUGUAGGGGACCAAGGAAGGGUUGUAGGACCAGAAGGACCACGUGAAGUACAACCAGAAGAGGAUCCAGAAGAUUGGAUUGAAGUUGUCGGUGGCCCACAUCCACAGAACUAA